AUGCAAUUGACAGCAUUGAGAAAUUUUGAACCCGUUGAAGAGAUUGGUGGAGCUAUUGAAGUUGAUUGCACUGAUGGGAAAGUUCCAGAGGACUUUCCAGAGGGUGUUUACAUAAGAAUUGGCCCGAAUCCUCGAUUUGGAGGUCCAAAGUCGGCAGUUUCAAUUUUUGGGAGAACCAACCACAUUUGGGUAGAAGGAGAAGGAAUGCUUCAUGCUCUAUAUUUCAAAAAGAAUGCCACUGGAGAUUGGACCUUGGCCUACAACAACAGGCAGGUUGUAUCUGAAACAGUGAAGUCAGAAAAAGAAAGAAACAAACUUGCUUUUAUUCCUGCGGUAGAUGGAGAUGCACUCGGGAUCUUAGCAGCUUAUUUUUUCAAUCUGGUAAUGCUAUCAUUUCCAUUAGAUUUGGCUUAG